CCAGGGGAUUUCUUAGCUUCUGUGAUGGAAUCAACCCUCUGGUGAUAAGCAGCUGAGGAAGGUUUCUAGUCAUGUAUGGCACAAUGUCUCUGAGGAAUGAAGUGAGGAGGGGGAAGUACAGCAGCUUACAAGACACAAGCCACCAGACUCGCUCCGUCUCCAGCCGCCCCUACUACAGUUUGCCCAACAGCAGCCAUGAGAGACGCUCGGUCCUCGCAAUCACGGAGCCGCCGCGGUUCCACUCCCAAGCCAAAGGCAAGAACGUGCGUCUGGACGCUCACUCCCGCAAGGCCACGCGGAGAAACAGUUUCUGCAACGGGGUCACCUUCACCAACCGGCCCAUCCACCUCUACGAGAAAGUCAGGCUGAAGCUGGUGGCCGUGCACCACGGCUGGAGCGGGGCUCUACGCUUCGGCUUCACCAUUCAUGACCCAUCACAGAUGAGUUCUGACGAGAUACCAAAGUAUGCCUGCCCGGACCUAGUGACCCGACCUGGAUACUGGGCCAAAGCUUUGCCAGAGAGGUUUGCUGUGAGAGACAAUAUCUUGGCCUUCUGGGUUGACCGUCAUGGGAGAGUUUUCUACAGUAUUAACGAUGAGGAGCCGAUAUUGUUUCACUGUGGUAUUAAAGUCUCCGGUCCUCUCUGGGCGCUCAUAGACGUCUAUGGAAUUACCCACGAAGUGCAAAUACUAGAUAGCAUGUUUGCAGAGACCAUGACCACUGCCCGUCUCAGCACUGCCCGUCUCAGCACCUGCCUUCCGCAGAGCAACCACGACUCAGCCAACUUCAACAACAACGAACUGGAGAAUAACCAAGUGGUGGCCAAAAUCGCAAACCUAAACCUGAGUCGGGUACCAGGACUCGCGACAGACAACCACAUCAUCCCCUGCUGCCCAAACCGACGGCAGCGCGCCCAGGGGGUCCCAGCCUUCCUGGACACAGACCUGCGAUUCCACCCCACCCGUGGGCCCGACAUCACCUUUUCUCAGGACCGAAUGGUUGCGUGCACCAACUGGCAGGAGAGCAAUAGGACUUUGGUGUUUUCCGACCGGCCUUUGCACAUCGGUGAAAGCCUGUUUGUGGAAGUAGGACAUCUUGGGUUGCCAUACUACGGGGCUCUUUCUUUUGGCAUCACUUCUUGUGAUCCGAGUACUUUACGGACGAACGAGCUGCCGGCAGACCCAGACUUCCUGCUGGACCGCAAGGAGUACUGGGUGGUGUACCGAGCGUUCCCCGUCCUCAGCAGCGGCGACAUUCUCAGUUUCAUGGUCUUGCCGAAUGGAGAGGUGCACCACGGGGUGAACGGAGCCAGCCGAGGGAUGCUGAUGUGUGUGGACACCUCGCAGUCUCUCUGGGUGUUUUUUACAAUCCAUGGUGUAAUCAACCAGCUCAAAAUAUUGGGCACUGUGCAGUCCAGCCCAGUGACCGUCUCUCCCUCAGGAUCCCCUGGUGGCUCGCAGUAUGACAGUGACUCGGACAUGGCCUUCAGCGUCAACAGGUCAUCAUCUGCUUCAGAGUCAUCGCUUGUGACUGCUCCCAGCUCCCCCCUGAGCCCUCCUAUCUCUCCUGUCUUCCCGCCUCCGGAGCCGUCAAGCAGCAAGAACGGGGAAUGCACCGUGUGCUUUGACAGCGAGGUGGACACGGUGAUCUACACCUGCGGACACAUGUGCCUCUGCAACACCUGUGGUCUUAAGCUGAAGAAGCAGCUCAACGCCUGCUGCCCGAUCUGCCGCCGGGUCAUCAAAGAUGUUAUUAAGAUAUACCGCCCCUAGCGCCCCCCAGCGCCGCGGGAGGGGGAACGCCGCUAGCAGUAACCUUGCCUUUCCGUCCCUGCUUAUGGGUUAUCGUGCUGGUCAGUCGUUAUCCAGUGGCUCGUUAUCUGUGUUUCCUUAUUUGACUGGGGAGGGCACAAUUCAGGGAUCAAACUGAGCUGAGGAUCACAUGGGGCCCAACGGCACGGCCGCCGCCUGCCCACGGGGGAACUCGGGAGUCGCGCUCUGGGCCUGACCCAGCUGCAAAUGAGACACUUCCCGUGCAAAGGCUCUUUCCCCCCUUCCUCUAGAGGAAGGGGCUCGCUGUGGCGUGGAUCAGGAAGGGGAGGUUGCCACUUGGCCAAUGCCAGGUGCCACUGGGCUUCCCCAGCCUUGAAACCCCAAUGGCUCUGGGCUGCUGCUGGAUGCUUGCACCCUGGUGGAACAAAAUUAGGACAAGGCCCAGUGGGAGGGUUCAAAAUGGACAAAAAUGAUCUGGAAAUGUCAUGUUAAUCCAUGUAAGGGGAGCUAGCUAAGGCCAAAAUAGUAGCACAGCCAGAUUCUCACUUGUUUGUGUUUUGCCAGCCCUGAACAGGCUUCUGGGGCGUACGGAGAAGCUGCUCUGGACUUAGAUAAAGCAGCUUUUGCUUUUUGUGACAGAGCAGGGACUUUUGGCCGUGAAGGCUGAGACCCAGGCAGCAGCCAUGGGGUAACAGAGAGGAGCAUGAGCCCGCUGAGAGCCCCAGCCAAGCCCAGCUCCUGCUGCAGCAGUGAUGGAGCAGCAGCAGUGAAGUCCUUCAGGUGCUGCCAGUCUGGCCAGCUGCUGAAGCCAUAAAUUGCAGCCUGUGGAUGGGUGAGAGGUUUGGAUGGGCACACUGCAGCCCUGGCUUAGGAAAAGCAUGGAGCUACUGCUGUCUGCAGUGAUGGUGUUUGUCACCUGCAGGCAGACACAUGCAGGUUCUGCUCUGCUGCUCUUUGAAGGCAGUGUAGCUGCCGUCUUGCCCAGUCCCCCCUGGCUCAGCCUAUCCUAGCCCCUUACCUGCAGCCAGCACUGUGGCAGGGCUCAGCCUUUCUCCUGUCCCAACACAGGGACUUUUUGGAGCCUGUGGUGAGAAAUUAAUGUCUGAACCAGACCCAGCAGGCUUACCUUAUGCUGGGGACUGUAUGUCCUGAUUUUAUCUGCUCUUUCUGCUACCUUUCCAGGUUUCCUAGCACAGCUCCCAGCUGCCCAGACACUAGAUCCCAAUAGUAGAUGAGAACUUGCUGAGACGACCAGGGAUCUGUCUCAUUUGGCUUUACCUGGGAGCAGGAAAGAAAGCCUGCUGCUAGUGUGAGAUGUUGGGACCUAAAGGUAACUAGGUUUCAGCUGUAACAUUAGACAGCUACAAGCAGCAGCAACAUAGAUGAGCUGGGCAGCAUCUAAACAUGCAGCAUUGAGGAGCUCAGUGUCCUCCUCCCUCCUGCUCCCACAGGAGCUGCCCUCCAUUCUCUAUUCUCCAUCCUCUGCCCACAUGCACAGUUCCUUUCCACUCCUUCAGCUUGAGCCUGGCUGGUUUCCAGCUGGUCCAGGUUUGUAAAGAGGGGAAGAGACAGGAUACAAAUGGGAGGAUGAGUGAGAGGCUGGUGUUCAUCUAGCUCAGUGACCAUGUGCCACCAAGUGGGUAAGAACAGCUUUCUUCAGAAAGGUGCAAUUACCACAUUUCAGCCCCAAAAGAGGAAAAAAAGGAAGACCAAGCCUUAGAGGGGUUGCCUGAGAUUGUUGGAGUCUCUCACAUCACCUCACCAUUUACUCUCCCAAGGCCAUGGGUGUACAGGUAGCUGCCUCUUGCUGCACCACUGCCUGGGUGGUGGUUUGAUGCUGCUGCCCUCGGUCACUGACCGGUACUCAGCUCCAUCCCAGCCCCACUCUGCCAUUGAGGAGUGCUCAACCUCCCUCAGCUGCUCACGGGCAGGGAGAAGUUUUUUCCCUUGAAGAGCUCAUUAACAUUUUAAUUAAGUGAGGCUGCUGUAGAGUGAGAUCUCUCACCCAUUCCAUUGUGGCAUCACAGCAGAGCCUGCCAGCUUUGUAGAGCCCUUUUAGGACACUCAGCUCUGCACCGACCGUGCCAUUGCCAAGUGUGCUCAGCCCUCAGCAGAGCCACUGUGAACUGCCAGUUCACCUACACCUUUGCAAAAGGAGGCAGCAAGGGCAGCUUUUGUCAGCUUUUUGGCAGCUGGAGCCUUGCCCACACCUCCUGGCUGCCAUACCACCUGAGAUCACAGACGUUGCCUUGGCAGAGACCUCCCUGGCCCUGCGCUGGCAGAUCAGGGUCCAGCUGCAGCCUGUGGCCAUGGCACUAAGAGCAUGAUGAUGGCAAAGUAUGUGAGCAUGGGCUGGAAGGCCAGGGGUUAGUGCCUGCCUGCUGAACAGGCUGCAGCCUUUGCCUGAUGAGGAAUUCAAGGAAAGCUGUCUGAUUCCACUGCAAGCAAGGCUAGCUUGGAUCAGCUCUGGUCUAGCAAAUACCAGUGGCUGGCCCUGGGGGCUGCUGUUCUGCAGCCAGUCCCUUCGGGUGGCUGCCCACAGCUGUGUGCCCGAGCAGAGCAGAGCCCAGUUGCUUGGCUAACUCCUCAGGUCCUCAGUGAGCAGGGUGAGUUGCAUGCCUGGGGUGGGGUUAUUUUUUUGGUGUAGCUCUCUUUCUAAGCCAACAAGGAGAAAUACCACAUCCACCCCAGGCUGUGCCCGAGCUGUUCAGGACACGUUGCACAGGUUGAAGUUUUGCUGUAGCAGCCCAGACCUCUUUCCAGAAGGGCAGCAUCCAGCAGGGUGAGCAAGGGAGCCAGCUCAGUCAGGGUGCAGAGUGCAGCUGUUGAGAGCAGCCAGACCUGCCACCCUGCCUACCUGAGAGCCACAGGAAUUUUCCAGAACAGGCCUCUAAAACAAAGUUUUCCAGGAAAAGGUAGCCUCUUACAGAUUUAAUUGUCAGUACUUGUAUUGCUAUUUUUUUUAAACAGUCUGAUUGGAUCUAUGAUUUGUACAGAAGAUCUGUUUGUGCCUUAUAAGGGUGUCUGUGCACUUUUUAGCCUUUUUAAAGCAACUUUUAAAAAGACAAAAAAAA